AUGGUGGCGGCAGCUGUUGUCAAACAUGUGAAGGAGAACGAGAUCCUGUGCACCAUGAGCUACAACCCCUCCUACUGCUGGAUCCUCGCUCUGGCACUGGGCCCCUUCUUCACACAAAGAGUCAGGGACCUCCAGCAAGUUCCCAAGACUAUCACCCAACUGUACUCCUACUAUAUUUACAACAUCCUGAAAAACCACGGCCGUGAGAUUGAGAACCCCCGUGAUGUGUUACUCAGGGUUGGUCAGUUGGCCUUCAGAGGAGUGUCCGGAAGGAAAAUUGUGUUUACAGAUGUAGAUUUGAUCAAGUACAAUCUGCAGCCUUCCCAGUUCCUGUCCGGGUUCCUGAUGGAGCUUUUGGAGAGACAGGAUUCUGCCCGGAGCGUGGUGUACACAUUCCCACACCUCACCAUCCAAGAGUUUGUAGCUGCAGUCGCACAAUUCCUGAAUCCACAUCCCGGGGAUAUCCUGAAAUUCCUCACUGAAGCCCACAACACAACAGAUGGGCGAUUUGAGGUAUUCCUCCGUUUUCUUGCUGGUCUCACCUCCCCAAUGACAGCUCGGGGCCUGGAGGAGUUUCUGGGUCCAUUUCCCAAUGAAACAACCUGCCGGGUGAUUGACUGGGUGAAGGAGGAGGUUAAACGUCAGAUUGGAAACACAUGGAGUGAUGCUGGUAAAAGGAGCUUUCUGAACACAUUGCACUACCUGUUUGAGUCUCAGAAUAGUGGACUGGCUCAGGCCGCACUGGGAUCUGUGGAAACACUUUCAUUCAGUGGAAUGACACUGACCCCGAUUGACUGUGCAGUCCUGUCUCAUGUCAUCAGACUCUGUGAUACAAUAAAACACCUCGACCUUGAGAACUGCCUCAUUCAUUGCGAAGGAAUCCAACGGCUGGGACCCGGGCUGCACAAGUGCCAGGAGUUGAGCCUUGGUUGGAAUAAACUGGGAGAUUCAGAAGUGAAACUGGUGUCUGCAGCUCUGAGGAACACAGAGUGUAAAAUACAGAAACUGAGGUUGGGGGGAGUCAGUCUCACAGAUUCUGGAGCCGACGAUCUCGCAACCGCUCUCAGUACAAACCCAUCACUGACGGAGCUGAACCUGAGUGAUAAUAAACUCGGAGAUUCAGGAGUGAAACUGGUGUCUGCGGCUCUGAGGAACCCGGAGUGUAAAAUACAGAAACUGAGGCUGAGUCGUGUCGGUCUCACAGAUUCUGGUGCCGAGGAUCUCAUCUCUGCUCUCAGUACAAAACCAUCACUGAGGGAGUUGAGCCUGGGAUGGAACUCGCUCACAGACCGAUGGGUCCCUGCCCUCCGCCGCUUCAUACUGACCCUCCCGAGUCUGCAGCGGAUAGAGUUGCUGGGGAAUCAGUUUGGAGAGAAAGGGAGGAACGAACUGAGAGCUCUGCAGGAACCCAGACCUGGAUUGACCGUGCAUCUGUGAACAUCAGAAUGUGUUAACAUCACAGGGUCAGACACAGGGUGAAGCUCCUUCCACUCCGUCCCAUCACACAUUCCCGGGGUCAAGCACAGUGUGAAACAACCUCACACCAUCCUGUCACAUACUCCCGGGGACAGACUCAGAGUGAAACUCCCUCCACACCGUCCCAUCACAUACUCCUGGGGAUAGACACGGAAGAGGAUGGGAGUGGGCAGAAACGGGCAGGGGGAUACAAAUGGGAAUCACAACCAUAGCAGUUAACAAUCAAAUUUGAGUUCUAGGCUCGAGAAGUAGCCCAGGAUGAAAUCAAAGUUGAGGAUAAUUUUGGAGAACGGGACUCCACCCCUUCCCGUCAUCUCCCACGGUCCGCAGUCCUCACAGGACGCCGUCCGUUCCCGUCCACUCACACGGACCGUGAUCCCAAAUAAAUUUCACUCUUUCUCAUUCAUUGUCACUAUCGACACUCCCAAUGAGACCACCCCUUCCCAUUCACUCCACUCAUCCGCAUUCCUAAUGGGACGCAAUCCUACUCAUUCGCUUGCAUCGUCCAUACUUCCAAUGGGCCCCGUCCCUUCUCAUUCAGUCCCACUGUUUGCCUGCCUGUGGGCUUCGCCCCUUCCAAUUUACUCCCCACUGUCUGAUCACUCCCAUUCAGUCCUGUCGUCCGAUCUCCCAGUGGGAUCUGGCCCUUCCCAUUCACCCCCACUAUCUGCCUCCCAGUGGGACUCCAUUCCGAUUAUUUCCAACGGGAAUGGGAUUAUGGAAAUUGGCGAGAACGCCAGAAUUCAGUAUUUGACCGAACUGGGUGCGGAGUUUACAAAAUUUGACAUUUAUUAGUUACACGGAACGUCGAGGGUGCUGUGGAUGUUGACGGCUUUGUUACACUGACGAUGCUCACCUCCUGGCGGAGACGGCGGAUAGGAUCGGACUGAAGGACCUUCGGCACGUCUUCCUGAAGAUGGCGGGGGUUGGUGGAGCAUGUGAGAGAGGUUUAUGGUUUCCGUGUCCCAAGGCCGGGUGAUUCAUCGCGCCCGGUUCCCGGUGUCCACAUAGCACACAGGAAGUUAUACUUGGCACGGUCCCCGCUCUUCAUAACGUGGCUGGGAGUUUUGCCAGGCACAGUUCCCGAUCUCUGUCUCCACACUGAGAGUUUUACCGCACACGGUGUCGUGUCUCUGUAUCGACACCGGGAAUAUUACCGCACACGUUUCCUGGUGUCUGUAUCCUCCUCUCUCCACGACACUCGGAGUGAUGACGCACAGGAUCCGGAGAUGAGGAAGUCGGAUCGGUCUCUAUUGUUUGCGAUAUAUUUAUUAUUUGUGAUAAACAGUCUGCGCAAUCGAGUGGAGGGUGGUCGAGAGUGUUUGUCUUGCGAGGGGCUCCUGAUUGAAAAUGGUGAAUAGGGAGGGAACGACAGAAGGAUUUAGCAUGUUCACUAGACAGGGAGUGAAAGGUUGACUGAAAAUGGUCUCCGGGGAGAAAGUGAUGGGCUGAGUGACAAUGGGCGCCAGGGAGGGGGAAAUGGGCGGAAUUAAGAUUGCCGUGGUCACCACGUUUCUCAGGGCUGACAGGGAGGGAGUGAUACACUGACAAGAGAAUGGGAGUGACAGGCAGAGUUCAAAUGACCGACAGGGUGGGGACUGAAAAUUAUCACCGGGGGUCAUACCGGGAGGAGACAUCGGGAGUUAUGUGCUGAUUAAAAAUAGGUUUCUGGAUUAAAGCCAGAAUAUAAAACUAUCACCCGGGGAGAUUGACGCGCACGUUGAAAAUCGUCACCAGGGAGGAAGGGAGGGCUGCACUGUGAGAAAAUGGACUCCAGAAGGUGACAGGUCAGAGAGAGUGGCUGCCCGACCUGAAAUAGUCCUAGAUUCCUUUGCUAUAAUGGCCUGCAGGGAGAGAGUGAUGGACAGAAUUCAAAUGGCCAACAUUGCUUAAUUUACAUUUGUCAUGAUGAAAUCAAUAAACCGCUGUAACUUCCUGUCCUGGUGUCGGACUCGAGUUUUAUUUGAGGUUUCUGCUG